CUCUUCCUUACUGUCCCUUCUUCUCCCAGACAGACCCUGCCCUUUCCUUUCUGCCGCCCUGUCUGUGGGUUUCUCUCUGUCGGGUCUGGACGCUGACAAUGGGAAUCUUUCUGCCAUGCUGACACUCCUCUCCCUCCUUCAUGUUAACUGGCCCUCGUGCUCCCUGUGAAUGUCUGUCACCAUGGCGAAGCGUGAGACCGGCAGCACCAGCCCCGUGGUCAGGCAGAUCGACAAGCAGUUCCUGGUCUGCAGCAUCUGUUUGGAUCAUUACCACAACCCCAAGGUGCUGCCCUGCCUGCACACCUUCUGCGAGAAAUGUCUCCAGAACUACAUCCCCCCCCAGUCUCUGACGCUGUCCUGUCCAGUGUGCAGACAGACCUCCAUCCUGCCAGAGAAAGGCGUGGCGGCCCUGCAGAACAACUUCUUCAUCACCAACCUCAUGGAGGUGUUACAGCGAGACCCCGAGUGCAGCCGGCCCGAGGCCGGCAGCGUCCUGGAGUCGGCCACCGCCGCCACGACCUGUCAGUCCCUCUCAUGCCCCAACCACGAGGGCAAGGUGAUGGAGUUUUACUGCGAGUCAUGUGAAACGGCCAUGUGUCUGGAGUGCACAGAGGGGGAGCACAGGGAGCAUGUGACGGUUCCUUUGAGAGACGUGCUGGAGCAGCAUAAGUCGGCUCUGAAGAACCAGCUGGACACUGUGCGCAACAGGUUACCACAGCUCACAGCCGCCAUUGAUCUGGUGAAUGAAAUCUCCAAGCAGCUCACAGAGAGAAAAAAUGGGGCUGUGACUGAAAUAAGCAACACUUUCGACGAGCUGGAGAAGGCCCUGCACCAACGCAAGACCGCCCUCAUUACCGAGGUGGAGAACAUCUGCAGCACCAAGCAGAAGGUACUUCAAGCCCAGCUGACGUCUUUGCUGCAGGGCAAAGAGAACAUCCAGAGCAGCUGCAACUUCACGGAGCACGCCCUGAGCCACGGCAGCGCCACCGAGGUCCUGCUGGUGCAGAAGCAAAUGGGCGAGCGGGUCAGCGCGCUGGCGCGGCACAACUUUCCCGAGCACCCGCACGAGAACGGACAUCUGGAGUGCCAGGUGGAGACGGACGGACUGAGGCGCUCCAUCCAGAACCUGGGGGUCCUGAUCACGACGGGCGCCGUGGGCCACACCAGCGUGGCCACGGGCGAGGGCCUGCGGCACGCGCUGGUGGGCCAGCACACCACCGUCACCGUCACCACCAAAGACAAGGACGGGGAGCUCGUGAAAACCGGCAACGCCGCCCUCAGGGCGGAGAUCGCCUCGGCCGACGGGGCGUGCACCGAGGCCGAGGUGGUGGACAACAAGAACGGCACCUACGAGGUGGGCUACACCAUCCGCUCCGAGGGGGAGUUCACCUUCUCGCUGCUGCUGUACGAGCAGCCGGUGCGGGGGAGUCCGUUCCGCCUGCGCGCCGUCAAGCCGUCCGACGUCCUGCAGUCGCCGGACGACGUGAAGAGGAGGGUGAAGUCUCCGAGCGGAGGAGGAGGGCAUGUCCGGCAGAAAGCCGUGCGCCGGCCCUCCAGCAUGUACAGCACCACCAAGAAGAAGGAAAACCCAAUAGAGGAUGAGCUGAUCUACAGAGUGGGAACGAGAGGGCGAGACAAAGGAGAAUUCACCAACCUUCAAGGCAUCUCAACCUCAAGUAACGGGCGGAUUGUGGUGGCAGACAGCAACAACCAGUGUAUACAGGUAUUUUCUAAUGAUGGCCAGUUUAAGAUGAGGUUUGGAGUGAGGGGGCGUUCCCCCGGCCAGCUGCAGCGCCCCACGGGGGUCACAGUGGACAUGAAUGGAGACAUAAUCGUAGCCGACUACGACAAUAGAUGGAUUAGCAUCUUUUCUUCAGAUGGCAAGUUCAAGAAUAAAAUUGGAGCUGGGAGGCUGAUGGGGCCGAAAGGCGUGGCCGUGGAUAAGAACGGACACAUCAUCACGGUGGAUAACAAGGCGUGUUGUGUCUUCAUCUUCCAAUCUAAUGGGAAGCUGGUGACAAAGUUUGGAGCCAGAGGAACAUCAGACAGACACUUUGCAGAGAAAAGUGGUGCAAACAUUGCACUGGAAACAAAGCUUAGUAAAUCUGGCCCUCUUUUCAGUCCGCACUUCGUGGCUGUCAAUAACAAAAAUGAGAUCGUGGUCACAGAUUUCCAUAACCAUUCAGUCAAGGUGUACAAUGCAGAUGGCGAGUUCCUGUUUAAAUUCGGUUCCCACGGAGAGGGAAACGGCCAGUUUAACGCUCCCACAGGGGUGGCUGUGGACGCCAACGGGAAUAUCAUCGUUGCUGAUUGGGGCAACAGUCGUAUCCAGGUGUUCGACAGCUCAGGGUCCUUCCUCUCCUACAUCAACACCUCCGCCGACCCGCUGUACGGCCCUCAGGGCCUGGCCCUCACCUCUGACGGCCACGUGGCGGUGGCAGACUCCGGGAACCACUGCUUCAAGGUGUACCGCUACCUGCAGUAGAGGUCGGACGCAAGCCAUCUUCCUCCUCCUCUUCCUCUUCGCCGCCGAGCACUGACAACACAACAAAUGUAUUCCACAGGGUGCAAUGAUUUUGUUUUCCCCAGUACAGCCUUUCGGCGUGCACAUCGGCUGAUCCCCAGGUGUCGCCUCACUUCACCUUUACGAUGUGUAUUGAAGUUGAUUUCUUUUUUUCGUCUUUUUGAGGGAUGUAGCGACAAGUCCAGCCGGUUUUUAGAGAAUGUGCAGAAGCCUGUUUUUUUUUCCCUCUUUGUGUGUCGUACACUGUUCACGGGACUAUUACCACCAGGCCAGGCGGGACGGCGGAUAGAUGGAAGUAUUUAAUCAGCCAUAACUUAUUCAGAUGCAUGAACUCUCUCUCCUCUUUCAUUUUUACGACUCGGUUGCUUCUCCGUCAUGAGCUACUUAACGCUUCCAGUGAAACGAACGGCGCCACACGCUUCUCCAGCAAUGAAAUGUAAAACGUAUCGGUCACCAAACAUCUCACCUAGACAGACGCCAUCACCAUCUGUGCAUUGAUUUGCUGUAUGUACUGUAUAUACAUGAAUGUACAUUGUGUAUAUUAGAUCACUCUGUUAUGUGCUCCCACUUUGAAACACGCGGCCUUUCGGGCGUCUCAGAGUGCAGCAGUCAAGGAUUUUAAAACGUGUGUGUAUGGCAGCUGUUAUACAGAGUGUGCUUUUCAAACAUACCCAGCACAUGCUUAUAUGAAGAAAGAGUGUCAUAUUUAUUGCUAAUGUAAGCAGCACAAAAACCUUUUUUCUCUCUCUCUCUUCUUUUUGUUGAUAUCUGUUGUUUUGAAAGGGGGAAAACAGUGGAAAAGCUAAUUUAUUUUAUUUUUUACUAGCUCAGCAUUUACAAAUUAUUUUUCUAAAUUGAUGUGCUUGGUUUGUUUUCUUUGAGUCCUUUUUUUUUCUUUCACCUUAACUUUCCCCUGAAAGCAGAAUUCAGUCUACCAUCCACCCACAUCCGGAACAGGAUGCAUGUUUGUGCACACGGGCGGCUCUUUUCCAAAGCUACAACCCGACAACCGAUACUGUUUUUUGAGUUCAUCUCUUCAAAGCGAGAGACUCAUUCAUCUAAGGAUUAUUUUGCAUGUGAAAAUGCAAUAGCUUUAUUCAGAAAAGUGCUUCUACCUGACCGAGAACAAUGGGCAUAUCUCAGGAAAUCCAUCCGAAAUUCAAGUUUUCACAUCGUGGUUUCAUGAUUUCAGGGGUUUGGAGAGAGCUUUGUGAGAAAACUGUUGAUUUGCGCAAAUGCAGUUUGGAACUUUAAAAAAACAAAAAAAAAAAGAAGAAAGGGAUGGGAUAUGAAUUCUGUUUUACAGUGUUUGUUAAGUUGUGGCUUUCACAUGAGAAAGGUUUACAAAUGUAUUACUGUAAAUGACCACUAGUGAAGACGUCAGUGCU